AAAUCAUUGGAGGGAAGGAAAAUGUUCUGACAAAUGACAACAUAGGAUAUUUAAAUAACGUUGGUUAUUACUGUUAUGUUUAGUAAAAAGGCUAUCAUUUAAUAGCUAUUGCCUCUUUCCAAGAAAGAAAAUCUAGUUAGCUAACCUUAGCAACUAGCUGCCGUACUACAGUACUGCGUGAUUUAUAAAAACAUUGUUAGCUAGCGAGCUACUAUAGCUUCUGCAACGUAAAGUUACGUAUUUAGCCCAGGCGCGCCAAAUAUUUUUCAAUUGCAGCCAAGUAACGUUAGCUCGUAAAAAAGUUAUGAAGUUGUGAACUACUGAGACUUGUGGUGAUAGAAUGAAUCCAUGUUAGUGGUUUUAAUGUUUGCUAAGUUAGCCAGACCUAGCUAAUCAGGUGCUGACUGUUCGAAAUAAUAUUUUGACUAUAUAGCUUGCAGCAGUUUUUCUUGGACUGUAGUUGUUUUGAGACUACUGUGGCAACACUAGUUACCUUGUGUCCAAAAGACAGAUCAACAUGGCGAAAAGAAGGAACCUGUCCAAUUUGGUGGUGUCAUGUGAAUGGGCGUCCUGCUCCUACAAAGGCAAUAGCAUGGAGGAGCUCAGUGAUCACAUGUCACUGCACCUGAAAGAUCACCUAGGAGACAGAGAUGCCAUGGAGGAACUAGAUGACUAUGCGUGUCUCUGGGAGGGCUGUGAGUUUCUGUCUAUGGGCAGCCCCAGGGAGCUGGAGAUUCACGCCCACUUCCACACAUUCCACAGCAAACUCAAGUUCAUCGGCGCACAGCUGUUGAAGUCCCACCCCAACUUUCCCAGCUGCACGCAGGACCUCCACAGCAACAACCUGGUCCCGGAGGUUUCCGAGGGCCUCGUGUGUCAGUGGGAGCACUGCGAUAGUACCUUUAACAACCCAGAGUGGUUCUAUCGCCAUGUGGACAUGCAUGCCCACUGUACUGGGCUCUCACCUCUCCCUGACCAGCAGCAGGCCAUCUUCUGCAACUGGAAAGAUUGUGAUGCAUUCUUUAAAAUCAAGUACCGCCUGCGGGAGCACCUACGCAGCCACACACAGGAGCGUCUGGUAGCCUGCCCAACCUGCGGCUGCAUGUUCUCCAGCAACACCAAGUUCUUCGACCACAUCCACCGGCAGGCUGAACCAGAGGAGUCUCUGGUGUGUGAGCAUUGUGACAAAGGCUUUGCCAACGAGAGACUAUUGAGAGACCACGUACGACAGCAUGUAAACCAUAUCAAGUGUCCCCUAUGUGACAUGACCUGUACCUCCCUGGCCACGCUGAAGAUCCACAUCAAGUUCCGCCACUGUGACGAGCGGCCCUUUCCCUGUGACUUCUGUGAGAGCAGCUUUAAAAACCAGCACGACCUGCGGAAGCACAUGGAGACCCAUAACGAGGGAGCAGCCUACCACUGCUCUGUAGAGGGUUGUGAAUACUCCUCCCGAAUGUCCCACACCAUGAACCAGCACUACAAGAGAGUUCACAAGGGUGGAGUGGUCCCAAAAUACAAAUGUCAUCUCUGUGACAAAACCUUUGCUUGGUGUUACACGCUCACUCUUCACCUUCGCAAGAAACACCACCUGAAAUGGCCCUCAGGACACUCCCGCUUCAGAUACAAGGAGGAUGAAGAUGGCUACCUGAGGCUGAACAUGGUGCGUUAUGAGACCGUGGAGGUGACUCAGGAGAUCAUGAAGAACAUGGCUAAGAAGAGGACGCUCCAUAAGGGCCCUGGGUCAAGCAACCGAGCUAAAAGAGCUACCACCCGCGCAUCCAGGACUCGCGGCUCACCGGCUGGCUCCUCCUCCCCCUCGUCGUCCUCUUCCUCAUCCUCCUCCGAGCUCUCCGCGGGGGAAGAGACGUCAGGCCAACCCAGCCCCAGAGGCUGCAACUCGCCUGUGUAUUGCGUCCUUAGUAACGUGCCUGAUAUGGGGGACGACGCUGACCCCAUGCAGGAUGGCUCUGAAUCGUGCAGUCCCUCCGGGGCUGUAAGGGCCCUGACUGAAGUGGCCAGGGGCCUGGGGAUGGAUGUGGUGUGAUCACACCCACCUUAUUCUAGUUCACUCUUGACACAGACACUACUUCGGCCUCCGGCCUUGCUUCUGUAGACUGAAGUCAUAUUUCCUGGCGAACAAUGCAGCUUUCGGUAUUUAACACUGCCAUUUCUCUACGAAAUGAGCGCUAAGCUUCAGCUCUUAUGAAAAGGAUGGACUCAAAUAUUUUUCUGGACCAGUGUUGGAGGCCUCUAUUGUUGCAGGUGUAAAUAUCUCUUGUUACUGCUGCAAAUGGCUUCACCUGUGGUGGACUGUGGUGCAGAAAAUGUUAGUUUUUCUCUGGGAGGGAUCUGACAACAUGACCAUGUGAAGAUUGUGAUAGUGCUCACUAUUUCUGAUCAAAUGCUUCUUUUGAAAAGUGUUAAUUUAGCAGUAUUAGCAUCAGUUUAGUGCUAUCUCAGAAUGUAAUUCCAUAAACAGCCGAUUUGAAUCAAACUCAGGUGAAAUGUCUUUGAAGUCCAUGUUUUUGAAACUCUGCUGUCCAUUCAGUCAUAAAUAGGUUUUACUUUAUGGCUACAGGAUAUUUUCAGUUAAUUAACACUGUAGGUUUUGAUGUUACCUUUUUUUUUGUAUGCUACUCUUUGGAACAGUAACUGGACAAACUAAGUUUUAUGAAGUUGUUUG